CUGGGGGUGACCCGGACCCGCCCCUCUCCGGGCGCGGCGGGGCGGAGCGGGCCGGGCCGGGGCGGGUCCCCGCCGGCGGCAGCCUGGGCACUUCCCGCCCGCCAGCGCCAUGAGGGGGCCGCUCCUGCGCCUGCUGCGGCCGCGCCGCGCCUCGCCUCAGCCUCUCCUUGUGUCAGGGAGCCUGUGGGGAAGAGCGCAAACGGCAGCCGUAAGCCAGGCAUACAGUACACAGGCAGGGGGCACCAGGAGGCCGACUGGGCGCUAUCCAAUACCCAACAAGAAGGACCUGCCGUACGAUAUAGUGGAGCUCAUGGAAGAAGUAGAGAUGAAGAGUGGAUUUUUGCCCAAUGUGUUCAGUGUGAUGUCUCAUCGGCCUGCGGAAUUCAGAGCAUUCUUCGCAUAUUACAAUGCCAUCAUGAACAAAGAGACAGGAAGACUCAGCAAGGCUGACAAAGAACUUAUUGUUGUGGCUACAAGCGUUGUUAACAGAUGCCCCUACUGUGUAAUUGCGCACGGUGCGUUACAUCGGAUAUAUUCUAAAAAGCCAGCUUUGGCGGAUCAGGUUGUUGUGAAUUGGAAACUGGCCGAUCUAAGUGAACGGGAGCAGGCAAUGCUGGAGUUUGCUCUUGCAGUCAGUCACGCUGAUAACAUAACUGAAGAGCACUUCCAAAAGCUGGAGGCUCAGGGUUUUGACCGGGAAGAUGCUUGGGACAUAGGCACAAUUGCCUCCUUUUUUGCCAUGUCUAAUCGUAUAGCUCACUUUACCGAUCUGCGUCCAAACGAAGAAUUCUACACCAUGGGCAGAAUACCUCGGGACAAGGAGAAGGCAGAAACUCUCUAAUGCUGCCCACAAUUUUGUGAAAACAUAUCAAGCACUUAAUGCUGUGGCUAACGUUGCUAGUUACUGAAUAUAUAUAAAAGGCACAAGCUAAUAGCCAAUUGUUACCAGAAGAGAUCGGAUGGGGAAAUGGGUUACACUUUCCUCCAGCAUGCAAAAAGCUGGGAAAGGGUUUUCAACCAUGGGCCAGUCCUAACGCUUUUAAUUCCUAAAGUAGCUGCAAGAUCAAAACUUUUGUCUUAAACCUUGUUUAGAUUGUGAUAAACUGGCUGGGUAACAUAUUGUGAUUUAUAAACAAGCUGCAUGGCAACUUUUUCAUCACAUCUGUAAUAUUAGAGUAAAUACCAGAUGAGCUUUUGAGUAUCUGUAGUAUAGUACCCUUGUCAGAUAGUGAAGGGCUGUAAUAAUUUCUCAUGGCACUUUUGCUACUUAUCAGAGAUUAAUAUAUAAAUAAGGGUUGGGGAGAAGGGAAUGUCCUCAACCCUAUUAAUUACUCUUAUGUGAUCCUGCCAUGCAAACAUAAUGCUGCUGCUGUAACAGCACAAUCAUUCCAAAACAUCUCACUGGUGUCAGUGGAAAGUCUCUGCUAGGCUUCAUUGGAAGUUGGAUCAGGCCCUUAGUGCCAGACUGAGCAGAGCUGUGCAGUGCAGGUGUGACAGUGGGAAGUUUUUACUCAAUCACAGGUCCCAUAUCAGGAGUAACAGGCCUGUAGAGUCACUGACAGUGAAAUAUAUUUUCUUUUUUCUUCAAAUGCUCAGAUGAAGAAAUUCUCGUCUGAAUGCUGAGUGGUGAAGGAAUCAAGUAUUUGUAUGCAUGAUACAGUGUUGCCAAUUCUUGCAAUUUUAUCAAAGGUAUUUUGAUAUAUGGUGUUUUUCUUAAAGCCCUACCUGCUGGAGUGAGGUGAUUGUGAGUGAGAAUCUCAGAUUCCAUUGUUUAAAAAAGAAAGGUUCUAGCCCUCACUGUUGCAGAGAAAAGCUUGAAAACAUGACUCAUGUGCACCCUAAAGGCUUACAAACCUCAUGACAAAGAACUGCCCAGUUUACUUUGUCAAAUCUCUUGAUUUCUAUGACAGUCUCAUAACGUUUUACUGCCUGACCUAGGAUUUUUCAACACUUUGGGUUGGCAACACUGCAACUAACUUUCCUCUAUCCAAUCUGUUUCUCACAACUUUUCUUAAAAUGUCUCUUUUGUAAAUGGAUCAUGGACAAACUCCAUCUACUCCCCAGUAGUUAAGAAACAUGAUUUUCUUGCUUGAGUUGUUUUCAACACAAAACCAUGUCUGGGAAAUGCAAUUGUCUUACCUUGUGUGUAUUUUAAACUAAAUGUAAUAUUAAGGUUCUUGACUCAACUUUUAAUCACAUAAGUCAAAAAAUAUAACCCUUUUUUGAAAACGGUUG